CACGCUUCCCGUUCCUUCUCCCAGACAGACAGACUCCCCAGUCCCCACACACCACCAUUUCCCCCCACUCCGCCCAUCCGUCCGUCUCCGUGGCUCGCCUCCACGCCCCGUACCGGCGAUGGCCGCCGAGGCAGCGUGCUGCGACGACAGCGCCUGCUCGACGCCCUUCGUGAGCGCGCCGUCCAGCCCCGCCCGGGACAGGGACAGGGAAAGGGACACCUACCCGUCCCACUUCUUCUUCAGCGCGCCGACCAGCCCCACCCGCGGCAAGGACGCCGCCGUCCCGGACCUGGACUUCGACUUCGACUUCGACUUCUCGUCGCGCUUCCCGUCGCCGUCCGCCGCCGCCAUGUGCUCCGCCGACGAGCUCUUCCACAACGGCCAGAUCCGCCUCGCCGCCGCGCUGCUGCUGCAGCCGGACGGGGACGCGGACCCGGACCCGGACCCCGCCGCGGGCGCGCAGCACGAGAACCAGCAGCAGGCGGAGGCGGCGGACGAGCGCGGGCGCGUGCGGAGCCGCUCCGUGCGGCGCAAGGCGCGCUCUAUGUCCCCGUUCCGCACGCACUGGCGGUCCGCGUCCCAAGUCCCGGUGCCGAAGCCCGAGUCCGCCGGCGAGUCGCAGCAGCAGCAGCAGCCGGCGGCGGCGUCGCGCUCGUCGUCGUCGUCGUCCACCGCAUCCUCGUCCGCCUCGUCCGCGUCGUCGUCCAGGGGCUCCCGCCGCUGGAGCGGGUUCCUCAAGGACCUGCUCCACCGCAGCAAGUCGGACGGCGGCAAGAGCAGCCACCAGCAGCAGCAGCAGCAGCAGCAGCCGCACUCCCACCACCACCACUGCGCUGGCGCUCCCCCAGCCGCGGCGGCGCCGUCUCCGUCCCCGUCUCCGUCUGUAAAGGUUGGGAGGGGCAGGAGGAGGUCCGCGCACGAGCGGCUGUACGAGGCGCGGCGCGCCGAGGCCGAGGAGAUGCGGCGCCGGACGUCGCUGCCGUACCGCCAGGGCCAGCUCCUCUUCGGCUGCAUCGGGCUCGGCGGCCGUAGCUACGGCAUCGCCAGGGGGAUCAACGCCGCCGCCGCUGUCUCCUCCAGGUCGUAGUGUGUGUCAGUGUGGGUGGUGGUGGUGGUGGUGGUAGUGUGUGUUCAGUGUGGUUACUCUUCAGUCACUACUGUGAACUAGUUAGUGGCAACCGUGUUUAAAAAAAAGGGCUUGUUCCAGUGAACCAACGAUCUUCGCUUC